AUGUCUUUCUCAAGCGCUGGACGUUUAUUUCUGAGAGCUCCAGCUACCGUCUCCAUGGCAACCCACUACGGAGAUGCCCAAGGGAUCCAAGUGAACACAAAAGGGAAAACUUUUGAAAAAAGAAACAAAGAGAGACAUCACAAUCAGUCUUGGUACAGGAAGACUCCAGACCAUAAAUUACAUCACCAAUCGGAGGUCGUGAGAAAAAGACAUCGCAUCCAGUGUAAUAAGACGUUUUCUCAACUCUCUACUCUUGCACAUCAUCAACAAAUGCGCGCAGGUGAGAAGCCCCUUCAGUGCAUAACAUACGGGAAGAGUUUCAGGAGGAGCACAGCACUCAUCCAACAUCAACUCACUAAUGUUAAGACACACCAGAGGAUCCAUGCUAGGGAAAGGCCCUAUCAGUGUAAAACAUGUGGGAAGAGUUUCAGGGGUCGCACAUGGCUGACAAAACAUCAGAUCAUCCAUACUGGGGAAAAGUCACAUCACUGUUCCCUGUGUGGGAAGAGCUUUACACAAGAGUAUAAUCUCAACAGACACAAAAAGAUCCAUACUGGGGAAAGGCCAUAUCAAUGUACUACAUGUGGGAAGAGUUUUAGGAGGAACUCGUGUCUUACCAAACAUCAGAAGACGCAUACUGGAGAAAAGCCAUAUCAGUGUUCGCAGUGUGAGCAAAGUUUCAGGAGCAGCAUAGAACUUCUCAAACAUCAGAAAACACAUCCUGGAAAGCCUCUUCAGUGUUCCCACUGUGGAAAGAGCUUUAGUGUAGCGGGUAAUCUCAGGAAACACCAGAAGAUCCACGCCGAGGAAAAGCCCUAUCAAUGCAACACAUGCGGCAAAAGUUUUAAAACAAUGUCGUAUCUGACCAAACACCAGGAGAUACAUACUGCAGAAAGGCCAUAUCAGUGUGCUCAGUGCGGAAAGGCCUUUAGUCGAGCGACUUAUCUCAAGACACAUCAGAGGAUCCAUUCUGAGGAAAGGCCUUAUCAGUGUAACACAUGUGGAAAGAGUUUCAGGAGAACCUCAUGUCUAAGCAAACAUCAGAUCAUCCAUACUGGGGAAAGGUCACAUCACUGUUCUCAGUGUGGGAAGAGCUUUAGACAAGAGUAUAAUCUCAACAGACACAAGAGAACCCAUACUGGGGAAAGACCAUAUCAAUGUACUACAUGCGGGAAAAGUUUUAGGACGAACUCGUGUCUUACCAAACAUCGGAUGACGCAUACUGGAGAAAAGCCAUAUUCGUGUUCUCAGUGUGGAAAAGCCUUCUGUAAAGCAUAUACUCUCAAGGUGCACCAGAGGACCCAUACCUAUGAAAGAGAACCACCAGUGAGCAGUACAUUAUAGUAUCGGUCUAUUGGAGGUUCUGAGCUCAUGAACUUGAACCCAGACUCACUCUCUCUGCAUUCUGUGCAGUGAAGAAAACAGAACUUUGGGGGAGUGUGUUGAUAUGAUUAUUUCAAUGGAACUAAGCUUUUAAAACACGCAUUUGCAAGAUGUGUAUUAAAGGUACACUAUGCAGGUUUACAUAUUUUUGGUGACUGUAGAGCUCCCUCUCGAGUCACAAUAUAUUUAUAUUUUACUCUGCUGUUGUAAAAAGAAAACUUCUUGUGACUCACAACCCC